CUUUAUGAAUGAACAGUAUAACGAGCAACUCUUCGAAUACGCAAACUCCAUGAAGAACGUCGAUAAAUGUCACGCGCGUUACAGAAGAGAAAAUCCAGUGGAAAACAUUAUUGAAAAGAUCGACCAAAAAAAAUCGAACGGAAGUUCGACUUAUAUCCCAAGAUCAAUAAUUCAACAGUCGAUCGUUAAAUCCAGAUUUCGACACCAAAGUGAGGAGGGGGAAUCGAGAGUGUUCUGUUCCAACUGGGGUGUGUACCCCGGGGGGGGUCCACUUGCAUCGAAAGCCCCUUGAGGCACCCUCAACAUAUGCAUUUUCACUCGACCACUACAAAUGAUAACUACAAUUAUGAUUGGUUUAUGCAUCGGAUUUUCGACUGGUUUACGUGGACCACAUCAUCCGCGAAGCGCUGUUUCUCAUCAUCAUUACGCUCCACAGAAAGACGUAAAAAUAACGCAAGAUACAGAAUUACUACAGGAUGCUACCCACUUAAAAGAAGACAUAGGAUCAAUGGCGGACCAAUUGGACUUUUCGAAUAUGACUGAACAGGAGAUAGAAUUCCACUAUUUUAAAAUUCACGAUAUCGACAAUAAUGCCAAAUUGGACGGAUUAGAAAUUCUUUACGCGAUUCAACAUACAUUUCACGAAAACAGACUUGCCAAUGCUGAACGUGAAAAUUCAAACGAAAAUAUAAAAACUAUGGAUUAUGAAGAUGAUUUGCCCUGGAUCGUAGAACUUGUGGAUAGAGUACUCAGAGAAGAUGACGUGGAUCAUGAUGGAUACAUUGGAUAUAUCGAAUAUGUUCUUGGAAGACAAAGAGAUCACAUUGCUCAAGCAAAACGAAAUAACAAAUCGGACAAAUAAAAAUAUAUCUAAUUCAAAAAAUUCUUAAUAAAUAAAAUGUAUUGCAAAAUUCUGUGUAACACAUAAAUUUAUGUUUAAAAUUUAUGUGAAACAAAUUUUUUUUUAAAUUCAAUUUAUUUAUAAUAAUUGUCUUCUAUUGAAAUGUACAAAAACUAAAAAUUUUAAUACAAGCAAUUUUAAUGUGA